CUCGCCGCCCUCUUAAACCCAGCGGCAGCUUUCCCGUCCUCCCACACCUCCCCUCUCCUCGGCACUCUAGCUACUCCUACGGACAGCCACUCAGUCCUCUCCGCUCUCCACGCACCACCAACGAAGCUAAUCUCGCCGUGCACGCAUGGCCGACGGGGCGGCGGGCGGCGGCAGGGCGGAGAUCGACACGUCGGCGCCGUUCGAGUCCGUGCGGGAGGCCGUCGACCGCUUCGGCGGCAGCGCCGCCUGGAGCUCCGACCUCGUCAGGCGCAUGUUCGCGCCCUCCAAGAAACAUGAAGACUCUGAACAAGCUGCAGAAACCAUCAACGUACAAGAGCAGGCUGCACAGCUAGAAAAUGAGGUUGCUGUCAAAGAGAGGGAGACUCUUGACGUGUUGAAGGAGCUGGAAUCAACUAAGAAAAUCAUAGCAGACCUGACGCUGAAGAUACAGAAAGAAUCCACUGAAACAUCCCCUGAUGAAGCAGUGAAGUCCGAGGAAACUGAUCAGGUUUCUAUGGCAGAACCUGAAGAUCAGCAACCUGAAAAUGUUGCCGUGGAUGUGGACAUGGAAGGCGUAGAAGAAAACCUGCAGCAGCCUUCUGGUUCAGUUUUGGUGGAAGAAAACCUGAACAGAACUACAAAAGAUCUGGCUGCAGUAAACCCGCAGCAGCCUUCUGAUUCAGUUUUUGUGGAACUUGAGCAGACCAAAGAAAGGCUGAACAGAACUACAAAUGAUCUGGUUGCAGUGCGGGCUGCAGUUGAGUUACUGCGGAACAGCAUAGCAAAAGAGAAAAUGUUACUUGAAAGAGGCCGAGAAAAGCUUUCCUCUAACAAUUCCUUGGUUUCUUCUUUGGAGGAUGAGCUGGAUCAGACAGCACAAAAGUUGGAAACUCUGAAGGAUCUGCAGAAGAGACGUAAAGACCCCUCGGACAUUUUUAUCGAGAUUAAGAAAAUGACCUCUGAGGUUCAAGAGCUCAGGAGCAUGGCAAAUGGUUCAAAAUCUGAUGCGAUGUUGUUGGCUGCAGAAAUCGAGCAGGCAAAGGCCAGCAUUAGCACUGCUGAGAUCAGGUGCAUUGCAGCCAAAAAGAUGGAAGAAGCAGCUAGAGCAGCAGAAGCCCUUGCACUCGCUGAGAUCAAAGCUCUACUUAGCAGUGAAAGUUCUUUGGAAGGUGAGAACUCUUCUGAUGCAGUGACUCUCUCGAUGGAGGAGUAUUUCACACUGUGUUCCAAAGCUCUUGAAGCUGAUGAAAACUCUAAGAAGAAAGUAGGAGAUGCUAUGCAGCAGGUAGAUAUAGCUAACAGUUCUGAGUCUGAGUUGGUUAAGAGGCUCGAGGAUGCCAAAUUAGAGGUUGAGGAAUGCAAGAAGGCACUACAAGAGGCCCUAAAGUGGGUAGAGGCUGCAAACCAUGGGAAGCUUGCAGUUGAAGAGAUCCUUGGGAGAUGGAAAUCUGAGAGUGGACACAGAAAGCGGUCUAUUGGUGGCUCUCCAAAGUUCAAAAACGCAACCCAGCGUCGUAAAGAUUCGUACAGCAUGGAUAUUGUUGACGAUGUUUCAGAUAGAUCCUUCAAGCAAACUUUGUCAAUUGGGCAGAUACUGAGUAUGAAGUUAAUGGGGCCUGAUGGGUAUGACAAAAGUGUCUGGGAUGACAAGACGAGCGAGACGCCAAAUAUCUCACUUGGUCAGAUUCUGAACCGCAGUGGUGUUUUGUGUAGAGAAGAUAUGGCUUCUCGCAGAAGAAUUUCAGGAAAGAGAAAGAAAUUUGCAUUGACAGGACUUUCUGUUCUACUGGCGAAGCAAUCUAAGAGCAAGAAGAAGAGAGAAUCUUUUUAAACUGAUGUAAAUUGCCCCAAAAAGAUAAUUCGGUGUGGUACUUUGUAGUAUUGUACUAUGUAGUGUAGCAGCUGUUCAACCUUGUCGCCACUCGCCACUAGCUAAUUUUCAUGCUAUUCUAUCCGAUGUGAUGUAUUAUGUAGCAGCAGUUCAACCUUGUCGCCAGUAGCCAAUUUUCACGCUAUUCUAUCCGUGUUGUGCCCUCUUAUUGAAUGUAACCGGUAGCAAUUUUUGCUGCUAACUAGAGUAGAGUUUGACAGUUCUCUACGCUGUAUGCUACUGAGAUCGAUAUAAUUGGAUGCAAUGUUUUUACCUUUC